AGCCGUUGGCUCGAGGUCGUUGUCUGCGCACUGGUAACUGCCAGGCGCUGCGCCGCAGACACCGCUGGCUCCGCGCAGCCCGUCGCCGCCGAGUUCCCAGAUUGGCAUGCGAUGGUGGAACUGCCAGCAGGCGCCAGCGACCCAGGUGCCAUCUUGCUGCAGGGCGACUUCCUGGACGGAGUCGUAGAGUCGACGCUGCGCAGUAUUGUCGACAAGCUCAAGGUAGAGUACCGAAAGGAGCUCAGCAAGGCCCUGCAGGCGGCGAGCCCGGACGCGACGGCCACUCCCAAGAGCUGCCGCGCGGGCGGCAUCGCGGGGUUCGCGGAGGCGGAGCAGCCUUCCUGCACGCUUGUGAGGCCGCUGGCCGAUGCGCAGCCGGCGCAGCCGACACCCCAAGGUACUGGCGGCGGCGCUGACGCGGCCCAAAGUCAGUGGCAGGUGGAAACCGUGGAGUUCAAGGGAAAGGACGGGCAGGUGUACCGCUCGUCACCCAACACCCUCGGGGAGGGCGUCGUGAGCACGGGCUGUGCCGACGGUGAGGAGUCGUUCAGAUCGUUGCGUCUGGCCAUGGAGGCGACGGAGCGCGCUCCCAGCGAGGAGCAGCCCGCGGAGCUGGCCGCCUCCGAGCCGACCCUCAACGUCCCCGCGGCCGAGCACGGCGAUGGCGGAGAUGGUGCUGAACGUAUUCGGCUCGCCAACGGGGCCGCCAACACAGCGAGGCUGCAUCCCAGCAAGUCCGCGGAGAGCAUCAAGCCCCCAGCGGCCCAACUACCACUGACGGCGGAGGACCAAGAGUUCCUCGAGGAGAUCAGGGAUGCCGAGAACGCAAGGGCGGCGAAGGCAGAGGUCUUCGCACAGAUGGGCAGGCUCCGCAACUCGACGUACCACCUCAUGUCGCCCGACACCGACGAGGCGCUCAGCUGGUCCAAGAAGAUGGUCUUCCAAUUGAUCGCCAGCCCAAAAUUUGAUUUCGGUAUGGGGGGCAUCAUCAUCUUCAACGCCGUGACGAUAGGGCUGGAGACGUCCAUCACGCGGCAGAAGCAGGAUAUCCCAGCGUACCUUCACGUCCUCGAGUACUCGUUCUUGUUCGCCUACUGCGUUGAGCUGAGCCUUCGAAUCUAUGCCGUCGGCUGGAAGAGGGCGUUCAUCAGCAAUUGGGUGAAGUUUGAUGCCACGAUGGUGGUCGCAGGCAUUCUGAAUUUCAUCAUCACGGUAUCAGCUCUUGGUGGUGACGCAGCAUCGAGUGUGGUGGACAACGUUAACAUGCUGAAGAUGAUUCGGCUCUUCCGCCUCGCGAGGACCGUGCGGGUGCUCGUCCAGUUCCGCACCCUGUGGAUGCUCGUCCAAGGUCUGAUGUACGCCGUGUUGCCAAUGCUCUGGACGGCAAUGCUCAUGAUUGUUGUCGUCUACGUUUUCGCCGUCAUAGCUAUGGAAACAAUCCUGGACGACUCGACCAAGGGUUCCGACUAUUCGGAGGCUUGUCGCAACUUUGACACCAUCGGGGAUGCCAUGAUCACGCUGAUGCAGUUCAUCGCGGUGGCGGACCCUCGACAGUGUGGCGGCAAUUUACAGGCCGUUGAUAUCGUCGAACUUUUGGUUGACCUUCUACUUCUUGAUUUUUGUUCUGCUUGGUCCCAUUGCCCUGAUGAACAUCGUGACGGCGAUCAUGGUCGAGUCCUCCCUUCGGACCGCCAACGAGGAUCAGGAGGCAAAAAAGGCGUGGGACCAUGCGGAAAAAGAACAUGAUGCCGAAGUUGAAGAGCCUCUUCGAGACCCUGGACACGAGCCACGACGGCUUCGUGGACUUCGAGGAGCUCACGGGCGCCCCCCCCGACAUCAAGGAGGCGAUGCAGCACAUCGUCGGCCUGGACGAGCUCGAGGACGCCCUUAACAAUGGGCUUGCGGACUGGACUACGACGGGAGCGGCAGCAUCGACAUUGAUGAGUUCGUGGACGGAAUCAUGCGCUCACAGGCAGACAAGCCUUCCGAGCUCAUCGUGCUCGUGAAGCAAAGCAGGGCGAUCCUGGACAGGCUGAAGG